AAUAAUACUAAUGGUAAUAACAUACUUUGUUUUUACUAAAUUUAUUUAAAAUCGUUUCUCUCCAAUUGCAUCAUUAUACAACAAUUAUAAUAUUCCCAUAUUGUGUAAAAUUUGGUGUCAUGUUUGAUUCAAUUCAAAUCUAACAGUAAACGCAGUGAUUUUUUUUUUUACCUUUAAUGCACAACGUCCUUUUAUUUUGAAGGGUUUCGUUUCAAGGGUUACUACAUUACCCACAAUGCAGCAGUGAGAUCUGAUUGGCUGGUAAGUGAACGUCGUCAUGUGACGUAAUCUGAAGGCGCGCGGGAAUCUGACGUGUGUCUCUUCGCUCGUGUGUUUGUUUGUAACUUUCAAAACUCUGGAUUUCUCUAAGUUUAACGUUUAUUUAACGUUUUAUUUUGAGUCAUGGAUGUUUCCUCAGCUCUCUGUCGUGUUCACGGGGAAUAGUUCCCGACACUUUCCCCGGUUUGGCCCGUUUUAACCCCCCCCAGUUCGUCGCCUCCUGCCCCGCAGGUCGGACGCUCUGUGUCCGGGGCAGUGACGAGCUACACGCUGGUUGAGUUGUUGUUGUUGUUGUUGUUGACGGUGGAAUAAGCAGGCGAAGGAGGUAGAAGGAGCAGGAGCAGGAGGAUGUCAGCGCUGUCACAACACCCGGGACACGAGGAGGAGAAGCUGCAGCGGGUCAGAGAGCAGCUGCCCUGCAGAGAGAACCAGGCCGGGCUGCUGCUCUCCCUCCUCGGGCAGCCGCAGCAGUACAGUUACCCUUCCAUCUUCAUCUACGGUCAUCGGGCCUCGGGGAAAAGUCACGUGAUGCAAGUUCUGCUGAAGGAGCUUGAGCUGCCUCACGCCACCGUCAGCUGUGUCGAGUGCGUCUCCAACUCGCUGCUGUUUGAACAAGUGCUGCUCUCCCUCUUUGGCUGCGAGGCCGCCGCGCUGCUCGCCCGCACCCCGUCGCUGUCUGACUUCGUACGCAUCUACAGGCAGCAGUGCUCCCAGUCUCCUGCCACACAGACGCGAUACAUCGUGAUGGAAAAAGCGGAGCUGCUGAGAGACGCCGACGCCAAUCUCCUCCCCGCCCUCCUGCGUCUUCAGGAGCUGGUUGAGGACAACAUCACCGUCAUCCUGCUCAGUGAAAUCUCCUGGGACAAGUUCAGACCCAACACGGGUUGUUUUGAGCCGCUUCUGCUCCACUUCCCCGACUACAGUAAAGGCGAGCUGCAGCAGAUCUUAUCACAGGACAGACAUCCCUCAUAUUCAGCCGAGUUUUACUCGUCCUACGUCAACAUCCUGCUGGGAGUCUUUUACUCGGUGUGUCGGGACCUCAGAGAGCUUCGCCAUCUGGCUGCCCUCAACUUUUCAAAGUACUGCGAGCCAUUGGCAGAAGGGAAAGUGAAGGAGACGGACACACACAAGCUGUGGAGAAACAUCGAGCCUCAUUUGAAAAAAGCCAUGCAGACGGUUUAUCUUCGAGAAGUGUCCAGUCUUCAGUGGGAGCAGAUGCAGCAAAUGGAAGAGAAGGAAGCCGGAGCCUUGAGAGGUUUAUCUGCUCACACUCAUGUUGAGCUGCCUUAUUACUCCAAGUUCCUGCUGAUCGCUGCCUACCUGGCGUCCUAUAACCCUGCCCGAGCAGACAAACGCUUCUUCCUCAAGCACCACGGCAAAAUCAAAAAGACAAACUUCCUGAAGAAAAAUGAAAAGACUAGUAACCAUCUGCUUGGACCCAAGCCGUUCCCUCUGGACCGCCUGCUCGCCAUUUUCUACAGCGUGGUGGACAGCAGGGUCGCCCCCACCGCCAGUAUUUUCUCCCAGAUCUCCUCUCUGGUGACCUUACAGCUGCUGUCUCAGGUCAGUCACGACGACCAGCUCGACGCCCCCAAGUACAAAUGUGCCGUUUCUUUGGACUUCAUCUGCGCCAUAUCCAGGUGUGUGCUCCUCUUUGUUCUCACACAUGAUUUAAACGGACUGAAUUCUUUCAGGGAACUGACCUUUUACAGUGUUUUUCUCCACUGAGAAUGUGCCCGUUGUGAUUUAUCUUCCAGGACAGUGAACUUCGAAAUCGUCAAGUAUCUGUAUGACUUCCUGUGAGCCUGCGGUGAGCAGAUGAGAGGCGACACGCUGUGACAGUAAGAUGAGACGGGACUCUCUACAUGAGAACAUGCUUAAGGACACACAGGACAAUUCAUCCAAUCAUGUCGCUGCCCCCUUGUGGUUGAUACACAAGCUUUUUCCUGUAGAGUUUCUGUGCCUCACAUGUUAAAUAUUUGCUUUUGUACAAAAUAAACUCCAUAUUGUAACGUUGAA